AUGAGCCACUCCGUUCCCGAUCUAGAUGUGAUAGGCAUCAAAGCCGAGCCCGAACUGGCAGAUCAAUUCCGGCGCGAAGUCGCCCACCUCCUCGGGCGCAACAACCUCAACUUCCCCGGCGCGCAACCAGUCAGCUUCUCGUCGCGACACCUGACGGAAUUGCAAUGUGAGGACUAUUAUGUCUGCGAGAAAACCGACGGCAUCCGGUGUCUGAUGUACUUUGCGCGCGGGGAUCCCGACUCCGACAUGCCCGAGAUUCACUACCUGAUCGACCGCAAGAACGAGUACCGCUAUGUGCCCGGCUUGCACUUCCCGCUCCCGGACGACGACUCCUUUCAGUCGUUCCAUGUCGACACGCUAGUGGACGGCGAGCUAGUCAACGAUACCUACGAGGACGGGACGCAGCAGCUCAAAUACCUGGUUUUUGAUUGCUUAGUGCUGGACGGACAGUCUCUAAUGCACCGCACGCUGGACAAGCGACUCGCAUAUUUCAAGGAAAAAGUGCUCAAGCCUUAUAACGCACUAUACCGCAAGUUUCCGGAGGAGAAACAACACCGCGUCUUCGCCGUCGAGGACAAGUCCACGCAGUUCAGCUACGGCAUCGAGAUGAUGUUCCGCGAGAUCAUCCCAAAAGUCAAGCGCAUCCACGGCAACGACGGCCUCAUCUUCACCUGCCGCAGCACUCCCUACCGCAUCGGCACCGACGAGCACAUCCUCAAGUGGAAGCCGCCCGCCGAGAACACCGUCGACUUCCGCAUGCGCCUCGAGUUCCCACUGCUCGAGCCCGACUCCGAAGACGAGGCCGACGGCAUCCGCGACCCCUACCCAGAUUACGACGCCAUCCCCAUCUGCCACCUGUUCGUCAUGCUCAGCGCCGGCGAGUACCGCCAUUUCGGUGAGAUGUUUGUGCCCCCGGCCGACUGGGACGCUCUCAAGGCUCUUUAUGUACCCCUCGACGACUCCAUCGUCGAGUGUUUCAAGGAUGAGAACGCCCGCUGGCGCUUCCAUCGUCUGCGUGAUGAUAAAAUGGAUGCCAACCAUGUCUCUACUGUCGAAAAGGUUCUUGAGAGUAUCAACGACCGUGUCACUGAAGACGAUCUCAUCCGCCUUGCGCCUGCUAUCAAGACUGCUUGGAAAAAACGCCAGGCUGGUAUGGUCUCUGAGGAUGAGGAUCGGAGACGCAGAGCCCGCGCCAUGCCUCCCUCCGCCAAUGGGAAUGGUAUCAAGCGGAAAUUCGAGGAAUGA